GAUGCGACUUGGGUUUUGCCGUUGUUUGCCAAGCCCCAAACAACCUCCCCAAACCAUCCUGCAAAUGCAUCUGCCCGUCACCUGCAAACAUCUGUCUCAGUGAGGCCUCUGCCGUGGUCUGCGAUGCCUACGGCGGAGGACCGGCACGGCCUCGUGAUGCCGUCAGCGGGCCAGAGCAGCAGCAGCAGCGGCUCCCCAACGGCAUCGCCUGCAGCGGACGGGGCCCGCUCUGCAGCCGACAUUCUGCGCCUCAACGUAUCUGGGGUGCGGUAUGAUGUGCGGCGAGAUGUGCUGCGGGCGGUGCAGGGGUCGCUCUUCAUGUUUCUCUUCUCGGGCCGCUAUGACCGGCACUUCCUGAGGGUGCCUGAUGAGCGGACGGGGGAGGAGCUGAUGUUCCUCGACAUCGACCAUGAGGUACGCGCGAAUGGGAGAAGUAGAAAGAUGGACAGAUGGACACUCAGCCACCUGAUCUCUGCGUGUGUGUGGUUGCAGGCGUUUCAGAUCAUGCUGGAAGAGUUGCGUCGGUACCACGGUGCCGGCGUCGAGCUGCACUGCCGCCCCCUCCCCCCUCCACCCCACAGCGACAACCCCGCCAUGACAUUCUACUUCGACCUCUGCCUCAAGCCAUGGUCGUGGGAAGCCACACGGCUGCUUCCCCGCGCACACUCUCACCCAUCACUCGAUGCUGACAAGGCAGCAACUGCAGACACCAGCAAGCCGACUGCAGCGCUCGAGCCACCGCCCGCCACAACCAGCACCCACACCACACCACCCGACGUGUGCUACUCGCCGUCCUCUCGGCUGUCACAUCGGGACAUUGCCGAGGCGCUGCAGCCGUUCCUGCACGAGUGGGUGGUGGCAAAAGGUAUCGCCGACAACGAACCGGCCACCGCAAGCACCAGCAACGGCAGCAGCGGCAGCAGGCAGGGCAGCGUGUGGCAAGGCGUGACGCGCAGUGACGAGGUGGUGUCGGUGGACGUGACGGCCUCGUCGUCAGCGAGCGGCGGCAACGAGAGAGUGAGUGUGCGUGUGUCGACCACACUGGCCACCAUCGAGGGGGUCGGGUGGGACAACAGAGGACUGCCCACACUCCUGCUCAACCGAUUCUGCAGGUCAGAUGCUAGACACCAAAUGCCAGAGAGCCAUCACAUAACCAGCGCAUGUGUGUGGGUCUGUGUGUCUUCCCAUCAGGUGGCAUGGCCCGAUCGUGGAUGUCCCGCCGUCCCGAGUCCGGCAGAUGAUCGACCUCUGCCGCCGUCGAAGGCUGCAGGGCUGCAUGCGCCACAGCCACCCCCACCCCCACCACCCACACACCCCCACGCACCAAGCACCGCGUCGCGUCCCGCGGCCAUGGCGGCGUCGAGCUGCCCGCCGUGAGUGA